AUGUCACAUCACGAAUGUGCUCAAGAAUGUAUGUUUCUGGGAGCUUGUGAGUCUAUCAAUUUCAUAACAAGUACCAAAACAUGCGAAUUUAACUCAGAAAGCAGUGAGACAGUUGGAACAUCAGCCUUCAACAAAACAAAAGGAAUAAUUUUCUCCGAUAUUUCCGAAUGGCCAAAGGCUAUUGUUGGAGGGUGUGCCAACCAUCAAUGCGACAAAGCUCAGGGUUGCCUCCCUCUUGACUCUGACUCAUAUAAAUGCGAAAAUAUCACGUGCAAAAUUCCACAAAAUCCACAUCAAAGAGUUGAGGAACAUGCUUCAGUCAUUGCUGGCACUGUCCGUUCGUACGUGUUUGCUUGUCCAGAUAAUAUGUUUCUCGGUGGUGACAAGGAUAUAACAUGCAAAGUGAAUGGUGAAUGGACAAAAUCAAAGGCGACUUGCCAAGAACCGACAAUUGGAAAGGCGUGUUCAGUUAACUCAGAUUGUAAAGAGACCGGUGGACUGUGCAAAGGAGGACGAUGUUAUUGUAGCCGCUUAUAUAGAUACGACGCUGAUUCCAGGGAUUGUAUCAAAGUUUGCAGCGCCAUACACAGCACUUUCUCCAUCUCAGAUAUGGUACACAUUGUGAGCCGCAAUGACCGUGGAGAAGGCACAGUUGCCUCUAUUGAUGAAUGCUAUAGCUUGUGUUCUGAAGAUGAAGAUUGUCUGUCCUUUGAAUACAGGAGAGAUAUCGAUUACUGCAGAAGAAGCUCGUUUACAAAACAAAUGGUAGAGGCAGCAAUUCCCGAAGACGUUGUAUACGACGGCAUUUAUGAUAUAGUAUUGUACGAGAAAAAUUGCAUCUAA